AGAACACUCCGCGUAUAAAGACAGGUGGCACUCUGAGUCACCCAACAGGCCUCGUCAGACACAAUGUUGGUGUUCCUGGCUCUGGUGACCGUGGCCCUCGCCUCUGCUCAUCCUCCUAGUGAGCACUUUGAAGGUCAUAAGGUUUUCCGUGUUCAAGUUGAAGAUGAAAAUCACCUCGACGUAAUCCGUGAGUUGGCCAGCAACUACCAGAUUGACUUCUGGAAGCCAGAUUCUGUCAUACAAGUCCAAGCCCGCAGUCCAGUUGACUUCUCUGUUAAAGCAGAAGAUUGUGUCGCUGUGGAGGACCUUCUGGAGCAGAACAAGCUACAAUAUGAGGUAUUGAUAAGCAACCUGAGAAAUGAGAUGGAGGCCCAGUUUGAUAGCUGGAGCCGGGCCGCUGGACACAGUUACACCAAGUACAACAACUGGGAAACGAUAGAGGCUUGGACUCAACAAGUUGCCAAGGAGAACCCAAAUCUCGUCUCCCGCAGCGUCAUUGGAACCACCUUUGAAGGACGCCCCAUGUACCUCCUCAAGGUUGGCAAAGCCAAACGAAAUAAGCCCGCCAUCUUCAUAGACUGUGGUUUCCACGCCAGAGAGUGGAUUUCUCCUGCAUUCUGCCAGUGGUUUGUGAGAGAGGCAGUUCGCACCUAUGGACAAGAGAUCCACAUGACAGAGCUUCUCAAUGAAUUGGACUUUUACGUCCUGCCCGUGGUCAAUAUUGAUGGCUAUGUCUACACCUGGACCAAGAACCGAAUGUGGAGAAAGACCCGCUCGACUCAGGCUGGAACUUCCUGUGUGGGCAUAGACCCCAACAGAAAUUUUGCUGCUGGUUGGUGUGAGGUGGGAGCAUCUAAAAACCCCUGUUCUGAUACUUACUGUGGACCUGCGCCCGAGUCUGAGAAGGAGACCAAGGCCCUGGCUGAUUUCAUCCGCAACAACCUCUCUUCCAUCAAGGCAUACCUGACAAUCCACUCGUACUCCCAGAUGCUGCUCUAUCCCUACUCCUACACCUACAAUCUGCCGAAGAACAAUGUGGAGUUGAACUCCCUGGCUAAAGCUGCUGUGAAGGAACUGGCCUCGCUGCACGGCACCAAGUACACCUACGGCCCCGGAGCCACCACAAUUUACCUUGCCGCUGGCGGCUCUGAUGACUGGGCUUAUGACCAAGGAAUCAAAUAUGCCUUCACCUUUGAACUCCGAGAUCAAGGCAGACAUGGCUUUUUGCUUCCCGAGUCCCAGAUCCAGGCAACCUGUGAGGAGACCUUGCUAGCAGUCAAGCAUAUGGCCGGCUACGUCCUGGAACACCUGUACUAGUGGAAAAUUCCAGAGCCUUCUCUCAGAACCCUCGCUGUGCGUUUCUGGUCUAUCCUGAAUUCUUACUUUUGUUUGUUCGGAGGUUUUACAGAUCCUAAUCUUUCCUUUAAACUUCUGUGUCUACUGAAAACUUGGGUCUUUUACAAUAGAUCACAAUAAAACAAAUCGUUGUAAAAGCAAAA